UCUGUUUUGAACUGACAAAGGCAAGUGCGCGACCAAACUCAACACUUUUCUUCAUCGUUGUCAUUUCCGUGACAAAAAUAGCUGCAACGACCAUGGCCGACCAACCGGCCAAAGCUCUGACUGAAGAGCUCUCUAGAGCCGCUCAAAUCAUCCAGAAUGCGUCUCAUCGGUUGCAGAAAGAAUUUGCCCAAGCACCUGAGAUUCAAACUUCUGAGGGAGAACGGCCAGUGCCCGAUCCAGUCAAGUUGAUUCGUCGCAUCUGUGCCCUGGAACGAGCCAUUGUGGACCUUACAGCCGACUGUGAAGAAAUCGCCCAGACAAGAUCCAAAGUUGCACCUGCUGUGAUUCGAGCGCAGCAAGAGAACGCGUCUCUGGUGUGGGAACUGUGUCAAAGUUUCCCUGAAAUACUCUCUCAAUCAGCCGCCAAUGACACCACAUCAUCUGAAGAUGCUACAGAAGAGGGGAACGCCAGUGAAAUCCUAGAAGAGAAGUCCACUAUAACAGCAGAAGAAGAGUCAGAGUGGGUGACACUGGCACACACGUUGGAGGAACAAGCUCAGUUCUUUGUACCGGCGGAUGAAACCGAGGGUUGAUACAGUACAACGACAAAACGCGGUAUUAUUUGUUGAAAGACCCGUCCCUCGCACAUACAUGACAAUUCACGCCUCCUGUGCGCAUGGUGGUCCUUGGAGAAUGAUUCAAUCGUUCAUGCAAUAUUGAGGCUCUCCUGACAUUAGACAAUCUCAAGCCCUCUAUUUUGGACCCCAUGGUCACAAUGAAGGUUAUCGUCAAAUGAACUUCAACAACAUUUGCAUUGAUUCGAUUCAAAUACCUUUGGGUGUAUGAGCUCUAGUAUGCGAUUGACGACGACCAUUUCGGCAGACGACAAUUCGAAAGGAUAUAUCACACAGGUACCGGUAGUGUAGAACCUAAGUUCAUAUUUGCCCUUCUCGCAUUCCAGUCGUUUAGACCACUCUAUCCACGGAUACUGG